CCUUGUCAGAAUCUCCCCCCCCCCGACUCAAUCCCCCCGGCCAUGAACCUCAUCCCCCUCCCCCCACGGCUCAUUCGUUCUUCGAUGGGAGGUCCCACAAGUUGAUGGGUGGUUAACGGCUGUGCCGCAUGAGUGGCAUGUUGGAAUCUUGAGAUUUUUCUCCGCCCUUUCGACCGAUCCGGCGUGUCCAUAACAAAAAAAUCACCGAAUACCAGCCCAACCCCUCUUUUUUGAGUCCCUCUCUCUCUCGUCGCCCGUUUGUCUCUCGCGGAUCUAGCAAACAAAUCUGAAAAGAGGGUUUCGACAUCAACCAACUCCAUUCGAGAUCGGCCAAGUGUUUCUUCUUGGUAAGCGAAGAUGACGAUUGAGAGUUAUCCUGAUGCGUUGAUCGUGGGGGACGAGGAGGAUGAGAGCCAGUCAGAAAUUGAGAGUAUCGCCUCGUCCAGCACAAGUCUGCGCGAAUCCGUUCUCGAUUACCGCCUCGAGAACGGUAGGACAUACCACCGGUACAAAGACGGCAAAUACACGAAACCCAACGAUGAGCGGGAGAUGGACAGACUCGAGCUGGAGAAUGAGUUGUGGUUGAUUUCUCUCGACUUCGCCUCCGGCGUCGCCCCGCCCGCCGUGAAGGACUCAAAGUUUGCGUGUGCUCGUGCCCUAGACGUCGGCACCGGUACUGGUAGCUGGGCCAUUGACUUUGCGGAUGACCAUCCCGAGUCGGACGUUAUUGGCUUCGACCUCUCGCCGCCCCUGAAUGAGUACGUGCCGCCUAACCUCAAAUUCGAAAUCGAUGACCUUGAGGAGGAUUGGACAUGGUCCCGUCCAUUCAACUACAUCCACAGCAGAGUCAUGACAGGCGCCGUCAACGACUGGGACGCAUAUCUGCGCAAAAUUUACAAGAACCUCGAGCCAGGCGGCUGGGUCGAGCUGCAAGAGCUCGACAUCUUCGUCACCUCGGACGACGGCACCCUCACGGAGAAACACGCGCUCUCGCAGUGGAGCAAGCUCCUCCACGGCGCCUCGGAGAAGCUCGGGCGCCCCUACAUUGACCCCAAGUCCCUGGACCUCAAGGCUGCCGGCUUCGUCGACGUGUCCAUCACCACCUUCAAGUGGCCGCUCAACGAGUGGCCCAAGGACCCCAAGUACAAGCAGCUCGGCCGGAUCCAGCUCGAGAACGGCACGACGGGGAUGGAGGCCUUUACGAUGGCGGCGUUUACGCGCGCGUACGAGUGGUCGCCCGAGGAGGUCAAUGUCUUUCUCGUUAAUGUCCGGAAUGAUCUUAGGAAUAAGGCUAUUCAUGCUUAUAUGCCGGCAUAUUGUAUCAUUGGGCGGAAACCUGAUGUAGAGGAAAGUCUUUCCAUAUGAUAGAAGGAAGGAUUCUUAUUGAUGGAUCGUUCAUGGGCGAAACUAAGCCCCCCCCCCCC